AUGGCAGAGUCGUCUCUGUCCCUUCGUCUCGCCCGGACGUGGCGAUCAUUUAUCAAACCAUCCGUCUGCAAUCGGUGCUUGCAAACCCGGAGGACGCUCGCUACACAGACAACUGCUUCACAAGGUCAGCGAGAUGCAGAUCUUGAAGAGUCUUCGUCUCUGGCAGGCCCUCCCAGCGCCGCAUCACGAGCAAACGACUUUGAUCCCUUGAGGAUCGCGAAAUCGCGGAAGCGUCAGCUUGUACCUAGCAGAUAUCAAUUCCGCAGUCCCAAGUAUUAUCGCGGACCCUUACAUCCCCAUCAACCACCUCCUCCAUCCGAUCCAGCCAGUCGGGAAUUCGUCCCAGGUCCCUUUUCCUCUCCACGUCUCGAACAGGCGUACCACAAUAUCAUUGCCCCCGACUUCAUGACCAUGUGUUACCAGCAUACACCGCCAGGGUUCAGACCGUCGCAAAAAGGACCUCGUUUACGGCCAUGGCUAGGCGAUUCUCCGUAUUUCCAAAACAGACCGCUUCGUGGACCCCGUGGCGGAGAUGUCUUGCGUCUGUUACGGAAGCCGAUCACUUUCCGGAACAUCCCAAUGAUCGAGCGUGUCACACUCCAUGCAUAUGUCAAAUCCGCCCUCACAAGCGGAUCUAGCUUUAUCCACGUCGCCGGGAUGGCUUUGCAGGCCAUUACGAACCAGAGGGUUGUCAUACAUGAAGCUAGAACAAACGAAGCGUCGUGGGGCUUGAUCAAAGGGAAAACAGUCAGCAUGACGACAGAUUUGAAAGGCGAGGAUAUGUAUCACUUUCUCGGCAAAAUGAUCAACGUGGUGUUGCCGCGGAUCAAAGAUUGGAACGGUGUGAGGGCCACCACGGGAGACAACAGUGGAAACCUCACUUUCGGUCUUGACCCUGAAGCGGUCGCCGCAUUUCCCGAGAUUGAGACCAAUUACGAUGCGUACCCGGGGAAGAUGAUUCCGGGUCUGCACGUUACCAUUCAUACGACGGCCACCUGUGAUAAAGACGCACGACUCCUUCUCCAGCAGAUUGGGAUUCCGUUCUAUGGCAAGGUCGUUGACUGA